GGUCUUCGAUCACAAUUACAUGACUCCAGCUAACAAUUAGAACUGUAUAUAUAUAUCUGUAACCCACAGCAUGCUGUUUCGUAUUGGUCCAGUUACCAGCACAAAUAAAUAUCGCAGCUAAAAACAAGCAGAAGGGUUUUUCUCUCUGCUUGUGAAAUGGUUUGCUUUUGCUUUCUAGUAGACCAGAGGAGGAAGGUGUGGCGGAGCAAGCCGGUGGCUGGGUCAUGUUCGCGGUGCGGGCGUGGAGCAAGUGUGGCCGAUAUUAGAACUUCGACGAGGUUUUGUUACGUUCCCUUCUACUGGAAAUCUUGGAAAGCUGUUAUGUGUACCUUCUGUGGAGCUAUUCUUAGAUCUUACAGAUAAAUUUUUCUGUUCAUAUAUAGCUGGCUCUGUCUCUGUCUUUCUUAUUACCUUUCUGUAUAAUUUCUGAGGUCAUGGACUGCUUCUGACUUCUGAGAUUGAGAACUUGAGAUGAUCAAACAGGGAUUACUAUACUUGCAGUUUAUUUUCCUUUUAGAUUUUGUUUUCCCAAAUUUUGGUGUGAGGGAAGGCACUAUAGUCCUGUAAAUUGAUAUCUGAGAAUGACUAAUCGUGGAGUGUAUGCAUCUACCUAUUAAUAUUGGAAGAAAUCUUUUCUUUUGCAGACGCACCA